AUAGUUAUGCAUACCAAACAAACCGUAUAUUUUACACUAUUUUCGAAAUGAAACAACUCAUUGUAGUUUUCUUCAGUACAUAUUUAGGUAAAAAUAUUUUUCGAAUAAAUUUGUAUACAUUUUGCUUAUUGUGGCUGUUAUAGUUUUGGAAAGAAACGAGAUCUUGCAUAAGACGCGUGAUUCAAAGAGAAUUGGCUUUCAAGCUCUAACCGAGUACAAACCGAGGCCCACAUCUUUUAACAACAAAAAAGCCAUCAUCAAACACGUACCGUUUUAUUUGCCUUAUUGGCGUUUCGAAGGGAUUGAAUUUAUAAACUUGCAUACGAACAUAUUAUUCUAGAUAAAUAAACGAUUUCAAAAAGAGAAUCGCAAUUGUUAUCUUCAGAAUUAGAACGCGUUUGAAUAACUAAUACAUUCAAAUGAGUUAUAUGCCUGUUAAGCCUAUGGUGAUGAAUAGGUUCUUUUAUUAGUUUAAAAAAUCUUUCAAAAUUUGUGAAUUCACACAGGUUAAGCAUUGUUUGUUAUUGCUUAGGUAGGAGUUAUGAAAGUGUUCUAAGAUUAUGUAUUUUGUCAUGGUGAAGAGAUAAUACUGAAUACAUAUUUGGGCAGCCGGUUGCAUUUGUCAUAUUUAAGACUACUAUCCUUUUAUUUCAUAUGUAAUUGUUGCAGAGUGUUGCAACAAUAAUGAGGUUUUCGGAAGUUAUAUUCUUCAUAGCUGGUGCUAUUGUGCUUAUAUGCUGCUUAACUUCUAAUGGCGUAGCAAAAGCUUUUGAAAUAAACUACAAUAAGUCUAACUUCACCUGUGGCAAUGUGGACUGCUAUGGACCUUUCACCACCUGCAACGAAACCGAAAUCCAUGACAAACCUUGCUGCAAUGACACUACUGAUGAAGAUCCAUGCGGAUGCAAACAUGGUUUCGAAGGGGAUGGAUGCCUAUUGGAUCAAGACGAAUGUGGCCCUGGCCAUCGACCUUGCGGCACAACUGGAUUAUGUCACAAUACCUUAGGGAGUUUUAGGUGUCAGUGUCUAAGAGGAUGGACGGGAGAGCAUUGCAAUGUUGAGACAGGGGAUCCUAAAGAGUGUAUUCUAGGAUUCAAAGGUCCACAAUGCCAUGACGAUAUUGACGAAUGUAAAAAUCCAUUUGCAUGUGGAACACAUCAUCGAUGUGUAAACGGCCGCGGAAAUUUCACCUGUGUUUGUGACUACGGAUGGACCGGAGAAAACUGUACCACGGACAUCGAUGAAUGCAUAGCUUCAUUUAAUACAUGCAAGAACGGGGCAACUUGCAAAAAUCAAGAGGGUUCAUAUGAAUGCACGUGUCCUCAGGAAUGGACUGGAAAAAACUGUUCCACGGACAUCGAUGAAUGCAUAGCUUCAUUUAAUACAUGCAAGAACGGUGCCACUUGCCAAAAUCAAGAGGGUUCAUAUGAGUGCACGUGUCCUCCAGAAUGGACUGGAAAAAACUGUUCGCAGCAGAACUUCUGUUAUUUAACACCAUGUGUAAAUAAUGCUACGUGUAUCAAUGAGCCAACUGGGAAGAAUUGUACUUGUGCUGUUGGCUGGCAAGGUGAAGAUUGCAAUCAAGACAUAGACGAAUGUUCGCAGCAAACACCAUGCAUGCGCUUCGGCAAUUGUACUAAUAGCAACGGGUCAUUUGAAUGUCAUUGUCCAAUGGGAUGGCAAGGAAAAGUAUGUGAACUCGAUGUGGACGAAUGUUCGCAGAACGCAUCGCUCUGUAUGCAGGGAUCAACGUGUUCCAAUAUCAAAGGCUCCUAUAUAUGCCAUUGUAGCAGGGGAUUCGAAGGUCUCAAUUGCGAGAUUGAUGAAAACGAAUGUCUUUCUGCCCCAUGUCUAAACAACGGGGCGUGCAACAACACUAUUGGUUCCUUCAACUGCGCAUGCGCUCAGAACUAUACGGGGACGUACUGCGAAAAGGAGCUAUCCACAAAUUCAGGUAACGGAGCCGAUAACACGUCGCUAAUUGUCGGUGCCGUGCUGGGAAGCGUUGGUGCUGUUGGUGCCGCGGUUUCUGGCGUAUUUCUGUUCAAGAAAUUUAGCCUUUGGCGGUUCAACAAAACGCACCGUGAAGUUUCGUCAGAAGGCUUGAACCAAGGACAGAAAACUGAAGAAACCACAUCAAUGCCGGGACAAACCAAGUUUCAUGCGACGUAAAGGCGGUGGAUGAUACGUGUGCUGCCAUGGCCGCACCUGAUGACGCGUCAGUUCAUUAAGCUACAGACUUUUUAAAAUAUAAAGAGGAAAUAUACAGACAGAUACAUUACGUUUAUUUCACAUGUUUUUCUUGUUAAUAUAACAAGACUUAGUGUGAUUAUUAUUGUGUAAAUGUGUUAUUCACUAACAACAGGAAAAGAAUUAUAUUUGUUUAAUGUA